GUGGGUGUCAAACGGAGCUGGACGUGCUGGCGGCGCCGGCGGCGGCUCCGCGGGCUCCGGUCGCUCCCGCCUGCGCAGCGCUAUUGGCGGUCGCGGCCGCGAACCGGGGCCGGCCCGAAGGAGCGGAGGAAGAUGGAAACGUGUCCUCACUCAGGGGCUGCAUGCACAGGAAAAUGAAAGCCAGCUAAUCGAGGCUUGCAGAGUAUUCUCAGACUUCAUGUUGAUGUGUGUGUCCUAUAGUGACAUGUGGUCCUCACCUUGAUAUGCCUACAGAUCAUGGCAGCUUGUGUUCCCACCACUACCCUCCCCAUAUCUGUCUUGGAGGUCCUAAUAAAUGGCUGCAUGUUUGUGAACUUAUCAUAUUCCUGCACGCUUGAGUGAAGAGCCCAGAAGCAUGUGAUGAGUGAUGGCUGAUGGCAUUUCCUCUGGCUUUCCCCCACCACACAUCUUUUGUUGACUUAUUCUUUCGGCUGCCCAUCGCCUGUCUGAGGCUUUUGAUAAAGGUCAUGGCUUCCAGCUUCUCAGAGCUGAGUCUCCAGCAGAGGAAACAGAAAUGACUGUCGGGGGCCUGGCUCCAGGUCUGUCACGAAGACUGAGCCUUGGCACGGGGCGAGCUUGCUCAGGACGGGAGAGUCUCUCUCUUUGAAGGGCUUUACGUUCGUUACAGAGAAAAUAAAGAUGACGACUUCGUCAAUCAGACGGCAAAUGAAAAACAUUGUGAACAAUUACUCAGAAGCCGAAAUAAAAGUGCGGGAAGCCACCUCCAAUGACCCCUGGGGCCCGUCCAGCUCCCUGAUGACCGAGAUCGCGGACCUGACCUACAAUGUGGUGGCCUUCUCGGAGAUCAUGAGCAUGGUGUGGAAGCGGCUCAAUGACCACGGCAAGAACUGGCGGCACGUGUACAAGGCCCUGGCGCUCCUGGACUACCUCACCAAGACGGGCUCUGAGCGGGUGGCCCAGCAGUGCCGGGAGAACAUCUUUGCCAUCCAGACCCUGAAGGACUUCCAGUACAUCGACCGCGACGGCAAGGACCAGGGCAUCAACGUGCGUGAGAAGUCGAAGCAGCUGGUGGCCCUCCUCAAGGACGAGGAGCGGCUGAAGGCUGAGAGGGUCCAGGCCCUCAAAACCAAAGAGCGCAUGGCCCAGGUUGCCACCGGUAUGAGCAGCAACCAGAUCACCUUUGGUCGCGGCUCCAGCCAGCCCAACCUCUCCACCACCUACUCGGAGCAGGAGUAUGGCAAGGCUGGGGGAUCGCCAGCCUCCUAUCAUGGCUCGCCCGAGACCUCGCUGUGCCCCCAGCACCGCACGGGGGUCCCGCUGGGUCAGAGCGAGGAGCUGCAGCCGCUGAGCCAGCAUCACCCCUUCCUGUCGCACCUGGGGCCGGCCUCCCACCCAAAUGGUGACUGGUCCCAGCCCUGCCUCACUUGUGACCGCGCAGGCCGAGCCACUUCCCCUCGGGUGUCCUCUGAGCUGGAGCAGGCCCGGCCCCAGACUAGCGGAGAAGAGGAACUGCAGCUGCAGCUGGCGCUUGCCAUGAGCAGAGAAGUAGCUGAGCAGUUACCCCAGCCUCAAGUUCAUUGUCCUCUCCAGGAAGAGCGCCUCCGGCGGGGUGAUGAUCUCAGACUGCAGAUGGCCCUGGAAGAAAGCCGGAGAGACACCGUUAAAGUUCCAAAGAAGCAGGAGCCCAGCUCUUACCCACAGCAAACCACUCUGUUGGAGUUAAUGGAUGCCCUCCCCAGCUCAGGCCCUGCUGCCCAGCAAGCUGAGCCCUGGGGCCCGUCAGCCUCAGCCAACCAGACCAACCCCUGGGGUGGGCCCGCAGCCCCCGCCAGCUCUUCGAAUCCCUGGCCAUGCGCUGCCCAGGACUUUCUGAGGGCAUCUCCGAGCCCUGCCCGCCUUCCUACAGGUGCCAAGCCAGCUUCCUCUGUGGACCCGUGGGGCGUUCCUCCCGGAGCCAGCACACACUCCAGCUCCACGAGCUCAGAUUCCUGGGCGGCCCCGCAGCAGCCUGCCCAUGGUGCCGAGAGGGCAGCGGACGCCUGGGCAGCAGCCUCUGCCGCCAAGCCUGCGGCCGCCUCUGGGGCCUUCGAUCUCUUCAGUAAUUUGAAUGGGACAAUUAAAGAUGACUUUUCUGAAUUUGACAACCUCCGAACGUCAAAAAACACAGCGGAGGCGGUGGCCUCUCUGCCAUCCCAAAAAAGUGGAACUGCAAGCCCUGACCCCUUUGAGUCUCAGCCCCUGACCGCGAGCAAGCCCAGCAGCGCCCGGAAAACCCCAGAGUCCUUCCUGGGCCCCAACGCGGCCCUGGUGAACCUGGACUCCCUGGUGACCAGGCCAGCCCCGCCGGCCCAGUCCCUCAACCCUUUCCUGGCACCAGGUGCAGCUGCGGCUUCGGGCCCUGUCAACCCAUUCCAGGUGAACCAGCCCCAGCCGCUGACGCUGAACCAGCUGCGGGGGAGCCCCGUGCUGGGGACCAGCGUGUCCUUCGGGCCUGGCCCAAGUGUGGAGCCCAUGGCUGUGGCCUCCAUGACCUCCACAGCCUCACACCCAGCUCUAGGGGCCAGCAGUUCCUCCCUGGCGCCAUUGGGCCCUGCCACAAUGAACAUGGUGGGCAGCGUGGGCAUCCCCCCAACGGCAGCUCAGGCUACUGGCACAACCAACCCUUUCCUUCUCUAGUGCCCAGGCCUGGGACCCACCCAGAGCAAAUGCCCAAGCGCCUGUGCCCAGGACACCAGCCGAGACUCAUGCGGAGCCGAGUCAGGGCCGGGGGUCGGUGCCAGAGGGUCGUCUGUACAGCCCCGUCCUCAGGAGGAGCAGGCGGCGUGCUGAGCCUCAGAUCAGGACGGGCUCUGCGCACCUUCUGGCGCCUGCUCACCCUGACCCAGCCCAGGCACCCUCGCCUCCCAAGUGCAGGGUCCUGACUCUUGGGGGCCGCCCGGCUCUGCGGGGCCUUGGUCAGGGGCGGGAGUCCUCAGUGUUGCCCUUGCCGUUAGCCUCAGCCUGAGGGUCUCGGGGACACAGCCUCGCCCAGGACCUGGGACGGCCGCCUUGUCUUUGCCCUUCGCCUCCAGCCCCGCCGGCCCAGGUGUGGUUGGAAGGAAGUGCUGGCUCCGUUAGCCCCGACCUUUAGGGGAAGUGGUUGUGCAUCUCUUUCUUUGGCUCCUGUGAGUUCAAAGUAAACACCACCUGGGACGACCCGCGUGCAGGCCGCUAGAGCGAGCUUUCCACUGACCCGAGCGCCACCCUCCGCGCGGCUCAAGGCUUGUGUAUGUUUGCACAUGUUCGUUUAGUACAGUUUCAUAUUUGAGUUUGCAGAAUUAUCUAACAGUCUUUUUUGGCUAAUAUUUUUAUAACGUGGUUCUUAUUUAACUGUCUAGUUUUGAUAGAAUUUACCAAGUCUGACUGAAUUAAGAUAUUGGCACAUGUUAUGUUAGUAGUUUAAAUUCUCUUAUUUAUGGUUUUAACUCUAUAAGAAAAUUUAAAUAGGAAGAGACAAAAAAAAUGCCUUAUGGAAAACUAAAGUAAAUUCUUUAUAGAAAAAAAAUUUGAGAGUUUGAUUACACUUAAAUGAUGAUGUUUAUUUAAAAAAACACUACAACAACAAAAAAACUCUAGCCUCCAGUUGCCUUUUCCUUUAAUUCCCUUUUUUGGUGAAUUACCAAACUGAUUAACUUUCAGCCUUUUUGGCUAGAUGCUAAGAAAGAACUAUUUUUCUUACUGAUACACCAGCAUCAAGAAAGUUAAAGAAAAAAUCUAAAGUUUGAAUGUGACUCCCAGUGUUUAUCAGCUGAUUCCUUUUUGUAACUGAGGGCGUGCAUGUUGGCGGGGCUUCCGCUCCCGAUGGGAAUGUGAGAUGGAAGAGACAUCUGGGACCACUUGUCUGUGAUCUCCUGUCUGAUACUCGCUCAGGUGAAGACAGGGGAGGGGGGAGGGGGAGAUGGCCGUUGGCUGGGGGCAGUGGCUCCCUGGAGCUUGUGGCUGAGUCGGGCGGGCGAGGGACCAGGGCUGGCCCUGACUCUGCUAACUCCAGACACACAGCACAGACUUAAAACCCAUCAUCUCUUAUUUUGGAGAAGAAAACAGUGAUCCUCACCCAGGAUAGAUAUUUAAUAAACACGCCCGUGUAUUACCUCCUGCCCCUCGCCCAGCCACCACUAUAAAAAGUAUUAGGUCAUAAACUAAGGCCCAGAAAAGAUCAGCCUUUCCUAGGGAAGGGGCGUUCUCCUCACAUUCCACCGUGGGUGCCCUAGCCCUGGCCCCAGGGCAGCAGGCCACCGGCGGGCCCUCUGAGGCGGGGCCUGGGCCCUGCCUGGCUGUAGGAGGCACGCAGGCCGCGCUGACUGCCUCUGGGCCCCUCGCGUUUCCUGCUUCCCACUCACAGGGCUGCUCCCAGAGGCUCCUGGACUUCAGGCCGGGCCUGGGAGGGGGAGGCGGUGGACUGGGGCAGGUGCUCCCCCAGGUGCGGCCUGGCCGCCUCCCAGUGCCCCCAGCACGUUGAUGCCCCUGCAGUACGGCCCAGGCCGCCCGGACGCCUGCACUGAUCAUGCCACUGCCAGCCGCUGCACGCGAGCUGCACACAGGCCCUUGCUCCCUCCUGAGGCUCCGGGUGGGGUCACCCCGUUUCCUCAGCCCCAGGGGCCGGUAGCUGGUUUUGAACUUGUGUCACUAUUGAUACUUCCUGUAUAAAUAUAAUUUAUCAUUUGUACCAUGA